CUCUUGUCGCGUGGAAGAAUGGCUGACGCGAAGAAAGAAGUUCCUGCUCCCCCGGCUCCAGCUAAUAAGCUGCCGGCGGUGCCGGAGUCGGUGUUGAAAAGAAGGAAACGCCGUGAAACAGUUAAAGCUGCACGUCUACAAGUAUCCAUCAAGCAACGUGCAGCUCGCUAUAAAAAGAGAAAGCAGAUCUUCAAAAGAGCUGAGAACUAUGUGAGGGAAUAUAGAAGAAAGGAAAGGGAUGAAAUCCGGUUGAUGAGACAGGCUAAAAACCGUGGAAAUUAUUAUAUUCCUGGUGAAGCACGCCUUGCAUUUGUUAUUCGUAUUCGUGGUGUAAAUCAAGUUGCUCCCAAAGUAAGGAAGGUGUUACAACUGUUCCGCCUGAAACAGAUCAACAAUGGUAUCUUUGUGAAAUUGAAUAAAGCAACCAUCAAUAUGUUACGUAUCGUUGAGCCUUACAUCACAUGGGGCUAUCCAAAUUUGAAGUCAGUUCGCGAAUUGAUCUAUAAACGCGGCUUUGCCAAGGUAAACAGACAACGUAUACCGAUUACCAGCAACUCCAUCAUUGAGAAGAAACUCGGUCGAUCUAAUAUCAUCUGCACUGAAGAUUUGAUCCACGAGAUAUUUACUGUUGGUCCGAAAUUCAAAUACGCCAGCAAUUUCCUAUGGCCCUUCAAGCUUAAUACGCCAAAUGGUGGAUGGCGUAAGAAGACCAACCAUUAUGUAGAAGGUGGUGACUUCGGAAAUCGAGAAGAUAAGAUCAACGAGCUCCUCAGAAGGAUGAUAUAAAUUUAUAAAAAUCUUAAAUAAAUUCUUCUAAACAAA